CUUGGUCGAAUUGUAUAUAAAGAAUGCCUCACUAUGUAACUCGCCUAGUGACCUCUUUCAAGGUCCUGUUGCUGUGUUGGUAUUCUUCAGGUUUUCCAUAGUUCAAGCCAUCUACCUGACUUAUUCACAGCUCGCACUUUGAAGCAGGUUAAGUGCUGCUGAGGAGCGAAUUCUAUUAUGCGCUGUUUGUUCUGAGACUUGUGUGAUACCAUAGGUCUCAACGAUAUCUUAUGGGUUGAACUGCCAACAUGCUCAUUACUUUGGAGUCCUUCACAGUUUUCCUGGCCUGUUUUUCAGUUGCUUGUGGCCUCCAGUCUGUGGAGAUAGCCCCUGAUACUCCUCUGUCGUCUCUGGUCGCUUCGGCAAAAGCCCAUCUUGCUAGUGGUUCUGCACGCGAUGCUCUGCUCUACUUCGAUGCGGCCGUCUCGCGAGAUCCAAGCAAUUAUCUCACAAUCUUCCAGCGAGGUGCUGCUUAUCUGUCUCUUGGACGAUCUGCGCAGGCAUUAGACGAUUUUGACCGUGUCCUCCAGCUCAAACCGGACUUUGAAAGCGCACUCCUCCAACGAGCUCGCCUCAGGGCCAAAACUGCUGACUGGGACGGUGCGCUGCAUGACUUUGAAAGAGCUGGCAAGAAGCUUUCGGAGGAGUAUAGAGAAACCCAAGAGGCACGCGAUGCCGCCUUCCAGGCAUUCGACGCGGAGAAACAGGGUGCGUGGGACGAUUGUGUAGGUCGAGCAAAUACAGCGAUCCUCAAGGCGAGCACAUCACUUGGUUUACGGCAAACUCGGGCACAUUGUCGCUUCGAGAAGGGUGAAGUGGAAGAAGGUAUCAGCGAUCUUGUUCAUGUCCUGCAAUUCUCUCCGGGCUUGAUCGAGCCUCAUUUGCAAAUAUCGUCAAUGUCAUUCUAUGCCCUAGGCGACAGUGAACGGGGUAUCUCGCAAAUUCGCAAAUGUUUGCAUUCGGAUCCGGAUUCGAAAGCAUGUGCUCAGCUUUACAGAAAAGAGAGGCAGCUAAUGAAGAGGCUGGAGAAACUACAAAAAGCGAUGGAUUCACGAAAAUUCAACAACGCUAUCAACCUGCUUGUAGGUGUAGGGGAUGAGAAGGGUUUGCUUGAUGAGGUCAAGGGCGACUUCGAGAUUGCGAGAGAGGCUGGCCACAUCCAUCCUGCAGCCCCGAGCAAUUUGCACUCAUCCUUAGUUGAACGGACGUGCGAAGCCUACCGUGAGGUUGGUAUGCUCAAACGGGCUGCUCCUUACUGCACCGAAAUUCUCCGGCUGAAACCACAUUCAUUGGCUGCCCUUCUAUUCAAAGGCCAGAUGGCGCUCGACGAGGAGCGUUUCGAGGACGCUAUUCGCACCCUCAACGAAGCCAGAGAACAUCACCCGGGAUCUCAGGACGUCCAGACGCUUAUGCAGAAAGCACAUGUGUUAUUGAAACGCUCCAAGCAUAAGGACUACUACAAAGUUCUGGGCGUCAGUCGUGACUCAGAUGAGCGCACAAUCAAAAGAGCUUAUCGGCAGUUGACAAAGCAGCAUCACCCUGACAAAGCCGUCUCGCAGGGCGUCUCAAAGGAGGAAGCUGAGAAGAAGAUGGCCGCUAUAAACGAGGCAUAUGAAGUUUUGUCGGAUCCCGAACUUAGAGCACGGUAUGACAAUGGCGACGACCCCAACGACCCCGAGUCGCAGAGGGGAAAUCCCUUCCAGGGAAACCCCUUUGGUGCCGCCGGCGGCCAGCAAUUCUUCUUCCAGCAAGGCGCGCCACAUUUCAAGUUCUCGGGUCAAGGAUUCAACUUUCCCCGAGGCUUUCCUUUCCGUUAGCAUAUUUCGUAUACUACUGACCCUACAGCUCAUGGUGCAGUCUACCUUAUUCACACAUCUCUGAACUUUCGCGUUGCCCGAAAAGCACGCUACCACUGCCCCGCCUAUUAGGAUAUCAAUCCCGCCUCCCUUUCCAUUCGGAACUGCAAAGUGUACGUACUCAGUCAGAUAUGAAGUGUGAUACGGCAUUCAAUUCUCCUUGUGAAUCUGCAUUCUGUCCGCUCCACCUCCUAUCCCUCCCGUUUAUUAUCUUUCUUUUUCUCACUUUCAUAACGGGAGUUUUAGAUUAUCACUAGCUAGGUGAAUUAACACAGCAGGAGUGAGGGGGGUUGUUAGGCUGAUCGCUUCGGCGCAUCCGUCAGUGGCACAUAGCUAACCUGGAAAAUCUUCUCCUUGUGAACAGAGCC